GAUUUGUUGUAAAUUUUGAUUAUUUUUGUGUAUCAUUUGUAUUUUGACGAAUUUUUUUAUUAUUAUUAUUAUAUUUUGAGAUCAGUACACGAACGUUUUCGGCGAGUUUAUUUUAUUAUUCCAACGUGGAAAGACUGCUGUUACACGCCUCCAGAAGAUCCCGUAAGCACACCGCGUGAGCAACAGCCGCACCGAAGUCGUCUGAUCAUAGCUCGCUGCUGCCGCCGCCGCAGUGUCCGUCGCCAAAUCUCCGAAGGCCGAACACCGAAGUCUGCCAUAGGAGUGAAGAGAAUCCAGGACAGGUUUUUCUGGCCAAACGACAUUGUCCCGAGGGAUGAUAGCUUGACGGCCUGCCACUGUGCCCUUUGCCGAGAGACAGUCGGCUGAGGAAUGUCGUCGUCUAUCUCUCACGGGACACCAAACUCAAAACGAGAUCGUCCCAUCUCAGACUUCGUAUCCAUUUGAAACAUACUCAAAAAUUAAAAGUCAAAGCACAAAGAUGGCAGAUUCCGGAGACAGUGAUAGUGACACGGAUAUACAUGUGUAUAAGCCUCAGAAAUUAAAUAUUAUUGAAAGUGAUGAAGAAUGCUCAUCCAGUAGUUCUGAUGGAGAAUCUGAUAAAUGUCCAAUAUGUCUCACCCGACUAGGACAACAAGAUUUAGCUUCACCAAAUGCUUGUUUACAUACAUUUUGUUUAAACUGUCUAACUGAAUGGGCAAAAAAUGCCAAGACAUGUCCUAUAGAUCGUUUGGAUUUCAAAUUCAUUAUUGUGCGAAGUGUUGAUGGUCAGAUAUUACAAACAAUUGAUAUUAGUCUUAAAAAUGAUGUUGAGAAAUCCACCUCAAAUGUUGAAGACUUAACAUUCUGUGAGGUUUGCCAUUUAAGUCAUCGUGAAGAUGAAAUGCUAUUGUGCGAUAUUUGUGACUGUGGAUAUCACAUGGAUUGCCUAAAUCCACCUAUUUAUACAGUCCCAUUAGAAGAAUGGUAUUGUCCUCAAUGUCAAGCAAGAGAAGAGCAAAGUGACAAUGACAUAGAUCGCGAAGAAGUAAUUGAUUUAUUAAAUGAUUUAAAUGAUGAUGAACAAUUACCUAGACCAAGGCAAACUAGAAUACGAUUACAACAACGUUUGGUACCACGAACAAGAGCUAGCGAACGUGUGCGAAUGAAUACUCAACGUUUACGACAAAAUGCUACUGAAGGAGGUAUAUUACAAACCGUGUCUAAUGGAAAAAGGACAAAGAAAUAUUCAAAAAGAAAAGUCAGGGUUAAACAAGGGAGGAAAAAAGGUAUUAAACCUGUAAGAAAAAAGAACACUCAAUUAGCUGAAAAAUUAGGGAUGUGUUCAUCAAGAUGGAGUAAAAACUCUUCUGGUGAUAAUAGCUCAUUGGGUACUUCGUCAAAUUUUGUAGAUCAUACAUCAUUAAGUAUAUUUGGAAAUCCUCAUGAAUUUGAUUAUGUUUCUGUAGAGUCUGAAGAAGAGCGAGAUAUAGGUGGUGAUGGACCUUUGAAUAUGUCAACUAUAUCUCGAAUACGUAUUUCAACAACUGAUUUGAUCUCUCGAAAGGAAAUAAGUGAAAUUUUACGUCGGCCAGUACGUAGAAAUAUUAACAUAUCACAUAACACUGAUUCAAUUAAUAUUUUGGAUAAUAUAUUGAAUGUACAAGAAAAAUUAUUUAAAAAUAAAACUAUAGAAAAUGUUGACAAACACAUCACUCAAGCUCCAAUGUAUUCAGAUCAUAGAACUGAUAGGAACUCUGAUAAUGUUGGUAAUUAUUCAUCAAAUCGCAAUAAUAAUAGAAACUAUUCUAGAAAUAAUGAACAAUCAUAUAAUAAUGCUGGAAAUUCAAGUUCAUAUGAAGAAUCUCAAUUAACUAAUGAACCAAAUUUUAGUGAAAAUCAACCAGUCAAUCCUUUUCCUUUUAGAAACUCUGGUCCUAUCAAGUUUCGUAUGAAUGUCACAAAAAUGGGAGAAAGAAAGCAGCCUCGGACUCCUCCUAAGACAGUCACUACUGAAUACAACGUAGAGGAAGAAAGUGGCCCUAGUACUCAGGCAGAAGAAACUUUUAAAGCACUUGAACCACCUCCUGAUCCACCAGCUUUAUUAUUGGGCAUCAAUUUAGAUGAUGAUGAUGCUGAUAAUCUUAUAAUUGAUGAUAAAGAUUAUUACGAUCCUGAAAAUCCCAGUGAUAAUGAUGAAGAAACAGAGAUAAGCAAGCAAAGUGGAACUGCUUAUAUGCAAUCGCCAACAUAUGGUGGUUACAUGGAACAGGUAGAAAAUAGAUCUAUACCACUUAUACCUAUUUCCAACAGUACCAAUGUAUUACGCCCUGAUGAUGAAGGUAUGUCUUCUGAAGAAGAUGAAAAAGAAACCAAUGAUGACUGUCCCAAUAUAUCAUUGUACUCUUCUACUAGUCUCAAUAUAUCUAAUUCACCUAAAGAAUAUGGACCUUUUUUAGAACAUGAAAAUGUUAAAAGUGAUAAAUCAAGUGGAGAAGCAGAUAUUCAGUUUAUUCCUAUGCCACCUGUUAGUCCAGAAGUAGACAUGUUAUCUGAUCAUGGAGAAACUAGUCCAAAAUCUGAAGAUCAAUGUGUGGAAAGUAUUGAAAUUGUUGAAAAUACAAAAUUAUCUUCACCCCACAAAAGUAAUAAAUGUGAAAAUAUUGAUAACAGUGAUGAAAAUGAAAAUCAAUCGAACUCUGAUGAUAAUGUAAUUGAUGUCACCAAUGAAAUUCAUUCAGACGUGGAAUGUGAGAGCAAAACAUCUAAAGCAUUAGAAAAUAAACAAGAAUCAGAUAUAAUAGACCUUGAAUGUGAUGAUACUAUUGUACCUAUAGAUGAUGACACAGUUGUAGAUCAAGAACAUAUAAAUUUAACUGGAGAUGCUACUUCUGAUGUAUCAUGUACAACAUUAAAUAGUUUAAAUGCUGAUCACCAGAAAAAAAAAUCUUUUCCUUUCGAUUUUGAACCAAUAUCAGAUUCUGAAGAAGAUAAGAAAAAGACUAAGAAUCAAAUAGAUAAUUCUAAUAGUAAUCAAAGAAAAGAUAAACUUUCAAAUGGUAAAAACGAUGCAACUUUGACAACCAAGGGAAACAAGGAUAAUGAUAAUAAAAAUAAGGUUAAAGAAAAAGAGUCUGAGAAAGAAACUGUGCCAUGGAAAAAACUAUCGAAAAAUUCUAAAGAUAGAAACUAUCGUUAUGGAAAGGGAAAAGAUAAAUUAGGUGAAGAAAAUGAUAAAAAAGAAAAAAAACAGAAAAGAAAAGAAAUAGAAUUGUAUGAUGUUCGAAAAGUACUCGAAGACAGGCCUAGACGCAAAAAAGAUAAAUUUGGAAGGGAUUUAUCUAAAUCUAGUCGUAGUGAUUCAGACUCUAAAGAUCGAAGUAGGCGUAAGAAACGUAAAAGAAGUCGUUCCAAGCAACGAAGAAGAUCUAUUUCAUCAAGUAAACCAAAAAGUCGAAAACAUUCUAGGAGCCGUUAUCGUAGUGAAUCUAAAAAUAGACAUCGUUCUAGAAGUAGACAUCGAUCUAGGAGCAGGCAUCGGUCAAGAAGCUCAAAACAUUUAGGAAAGUAUGAAAAGAAUCAAACAAUUACAAAAGAACGUUAUCGUUCUCCAGAUUCAUAUGAAGAGCGUGAAGUCUCUCCAUUAUCCAAACGCCAAGCAAAAAAAUCAAAAGAAAAAACAAGUAUUUACUCUAAAAUAGAAAAAGCCUGGGAGAGAAAACUAUUGAAAACUGAUAAAAUGUUACAAAAAAAACUAAAGAAAAAAUCCAAAGAUUAUCAAUUCUCAUCCCCAUCUCCAAGAUCAUUGUCACCUGGUGUUUCGUCAUGGCAAUUAAUUAAAGAUCAAAUGACUGGGAGUCCAUGGUCACAUACUGAUAUUUCUCGUACCCCAUCACCUGCUUACACACGUCAUGCAACAGAUAUGGAUAUGAAUUAUACUUCCAGAGAUCAAGAGUUUCCAGAGUAUAAUGACAACAUUGCAUUAAACAAUUUAACAGUGAUAGUGAAAAACGAUACCUCCAAAAAAUCCAAAAUCACUAAACGACACCUGACCACACGCCAAUUAGCUAAUCCACCCGUCAAAGAAGUAUUUGCUUCUGGGGACAAUAUUAUGGUGAGUGUUAAUUUCAACAAAGAUGCUACAUCCAAACAAAAUUCCCAAGAACCAAAACGUAAAUGGCAAGAACCUGUACCAUAUAUGAACACCAAGAAAUCGAAAAACAAUAAUGCUGAGGCAGCACCAGACACUACUUCUGUAAUUCAGAAAACGUCCUCAAAAAGAACUCCAAACCCUAAAUGGCUGAAUCGUAAAAGAAUUUCUAGGACAAUUGAAGUGAAUAAUACUAAACCAGUUGCAAUCAUAGAUUUAAAUACUUCUCCAUUUAGAGAAAUAGAGAUGUCUCCAAAGUCCAUUAUUGUUUUAACAGACAGUGAUGAUGACAAAGAAGUGAAAAAAUCUGAGACCAAGAAGGACAAUAGUCCUGAAAAGUCUAAAGAAAUUGUUAUUGCUGAACAACAAAAGCCUGUGGAGAAAAAUGAAAACAGUACCCAAACGUUGACAACAAUCAUGAUUGGUGGUCCGAAAACUCCUCCUGAACCAGUUAUCACCAUUUCCAAACCAGAUAACAUAUCUACUAAUAGUUGUGAAUUUAAUAGUCAAGAUGAAGAUCACACUCAACCUCAUGAUGUACGAGGCCGGGGACCUAAUACACCUCCAGAACCUCCUCGCUCUGUAGACACGGUUGUCAGUGAGACUGCAUAUGAUCCUUUUGAACCAACAAAAUCAAAUUCACCAAGCCCACCACCUAGAAUUGAUAUGUUUGAAGAUGAUGAUGACAAUGAUGAUGAUGGUGAUAACCAUCAUAAUGAUACAUCUGCACAACCUAUAGAGGAGAACAAAACUACUGAUAGCCAAUCUUCUGUUUCACCUCAGAUACUAGCUAAAACUAUAACACCACCAUUUUUAGAAUCCCAAAGUUCAACUCAAACAGAUAAAUCCCCAGAAAAACUUACCACCACCACUACAAACACAUCGCUAUUCACUAGUCCAGUAGCUACCAAAACUCCUAGUCCUGUUCAACCAACACCCACUGCUACUAAUCAAGAUGAAAUAAUCGAUUUAGAUGACAACGAGGACAGUCAAACAUCUGCAUUUGAUAAUGGUGCUGAUUCACCUUAUUCUCCUGGUGAAGGUUUUGUAGAUGAAAUGAAAGGUUCAUCACCAGAAAGCCCUGUUCCUCAAACUAAGAAUGUUGUGCCUACAUCACAGAACCAAAACAAAAGUGAAGCAAGAAGUAAAUUGGACACUUUGCUCAGUAUACUACCACAGUCUAAACCUCCUACUAUUUUUGAUAAUAUGAUGAAAAUUAAGAACCUAAAACCUCUUAAAUUUUCGACCAAAUCAAAAUAUUCUAAACAUAAUACCUCUAAUGAGGAUAGUGUUGAUGAUUUACCUGGAUCAGCAGUUGAAUUAGAAUCAAAAAAUAAGUUUUUGGAAAAGUUAAAUCGACAAGAACGUGUUAUUGAAGAAGUGAAACUCGUGUUAAAGCCUCACUACAACAAAAAGCAUAUAACGAAAGAACAGUACAAAGAUAUUAUGAGGAAAGCUGUACCUAAAAUCUGUCACAAUAAGAGUGGUGAGAUUAAUCCACAGAAAAUACAUAGUCUUAUAGAAUUGUAUGUGAUCAAAUAUAGACACUCACACAGAAAACAAGUACAACGGAUUCCAAACAAGUGAAUUGUUUUUUAAAUUCUUUUACAUAAUUUUGUAUAACAUACGGCAUAGCUUAUUUCUAAUCACAAAUAAGUUUAAGCUGAAAGCUCAAACUCGAUUGUUAAAAGUUAUAGCAAAAAGAUUUUUAUUUAUACUUUGUGUUCUUACCGUUGUGUAUUAGUAUUAUAUAUUAUUAUUAUUCAUCAUUUUUGAUAGAUAAGCCAGUGUUGUUUUUGACCCGGUUUGCCUCUUGAUUUAUGAUUUUUUAUUUGUAAAAUAACAUAUUAAUUGUACAUUUAUUUAUUGUGUUAUAAUUUUUUUACUACAUAUUUAUGAUAAGGAAUAUAAUAUAUAAUAUUAUUAUAUUACUUU